UAAUUAGCUAAGUGUCCAUAAUUCAUCACAAACAAAAAAACAGAGUCAUUAAUUUCACCUAAGAACUUCGUUUUGUUGGUCGAUUCUGGGAAAGAAAAAACUGGAAACUGUGUAUUUCUUUUCUUUAAUGAAUUUUGGUGAAUUUGUGAGUUGAAGGCAAAGAAAGUGGGAGUGACAAGUGGUGGCAAGUGGGGGUUGAAGAGAAAUUGGAACCUCUUUUCUUUUCAGCUCUCUCUAUCCCUCUCCUUCUUUCUGUGUUGAAGAAAAAGAAACGAAACCCUCUCUUACUCCAAUUCCGAAUUUCCGAUGUUCAUCAUCUUCUAGAAACACUUGCUGUUUUCUAGUUACUGUGCCGAUAUGGUGUUUGUGUUAAUGCCUCUACUAAAACCACCCACAACCUGAAACCAAUCCAAUCCAAUUCAAUUCAAUUCCAUGAUUUGAUUCCUCAAAACCAAACAGCACCUUCAUUUCUUCACCAAAGAUUGAUAGAUAGAUGGGUAAUAAUGGGUCGGAUUCGAACAACACGAAUGUGUGGAACCGCGCAAGAGGGUUGGCUGUGAAGACCCUUUUGCUUAUUGGCGGUGCCCUUCUCGUUAAACGCCUCAGCAAGUCCACCACUCGUUGGGACCAUGCCCGUUUCGUUGCUAAUUCCCUCACUGGCGAAAAGUAUUCAAAGGAGCAAGCUGCAAGAGACCCUGAUAACUAUUUCAACAUUAGAGCGCUUACAUGCCCGGCAGCCGAGCUAGUGGAUGGUUCGAAAGUCCUGUAUUUUGAGCAGGCCUUUUGGAGAAGUCCGCAAAAACCCUUUCGGCAGAGGUUCUUAAUGGUGAAGCCCUGUCCAAAAGAGCUGAAAUGUGAUGUUGAGUUAAGUACAUAUGCAAUUAGAGACAUGGAGGAGUAUAAGAAUUUUUGUGAUCGAUCAAAGGAUCAGCGUCCACAGCCGGAAGAAGUCAUUGGGGACCUUGCAGAACACUUGACAACAAUACAUCUUAAACGUUGUCCGCGAGGGAAGCGUUGCUUAUAUGAAGGUUCAACCCCGCCUGGCGGGUUUCCAAAUUCAUGGCAGAAUGGAGCAACCUACUGUACUUCAGAAGUUGCUGUUAUGAAGAACAAUGAGAUACAUACGUGGGAUAGAGGUUUCGAUGAUGAUGGGAAGCAAGUUUGGGGACCAAAGGAAGGCCCUUAUGAGUUUAAGCCCGCACCAACCUCAAGCUUUAGUGAUAUGUUUUCUCCAUUAAAUUUCCCUCCUCCACCUUCCAUGGAUAGAAGAAUAGAGGGUUCAUUUGUUUUGCAAGAUUGAAAAUUCACAAUGUGUAAUUCUGCCACUACACCUGUGUCAAUAUUAGUGUCCUUUUCUUUUAUCAUUACUAUCUUCCUGUUAAUAUUUUUGGUAUCAGUCAUUCAGUCUUAAUUUAAUAGCCAUAGCCUAUAGAGAGCAGGCGUUUUUCUUCUUUUUCUUAGGUAAAGUUUGAUGGAUAUUCAUAGCAUAUUUAUGAGAAGAUAAGAGAGGUUAGUUAUGAUGAAACCAAUAAGUUCUCUAUUGACAAAGUGAUGAGGAGAAUGGAUCUU